GAUGACACCGAUCACCAUUCUGGAUUAGUUUAUCCUUCAUACAUUCCAUUCCAUCAGUGAACUGUGAUUCCGUGUGCCGUGGACGCAGACGAGGCUGAUCCUGAAGAAGAUUUAGAUCAGCUUUGGAAAAAUGAAGCUCGAACUGAUGGACAGGGAGAAAGGUCUGGAGCUCUUCGGGAAGUUUAUACGAACGAAGAAUCCAGAGAGUCUUCAGGGUGAGCAGGGGAAAGCUGGACCUGAGCCACUGCAUCCGACCGACUCCAAACAGAAAUUACAGAAGUGCCUGACGACUCUGGACCUGACGUCCUUGGGGGUCGGCUCCUGCGUUGGGACAGGGAUGUACCUAGUCGCGGGGAUGGUGGCGCGCACUGUCGCCGGGCCAGGCGUCGUCAUCUCAUUCAUAAUCGCGGCCAUUGCUUCCAUUUUUUCCGGAGCAUGUUACGCCGAGUUUGGAGUACGAGUGCCUCACACGACUGGCAGCGCUUACAUGUACAGCUACGUGACCGUAGGCGAAUUAAUAGCAUUCAUUAUUGGAUGGAACAUGAUACUGGAGUACCUUAUAGGUACGAGCGCGUGUGCCUGUGCCCUUAGCGCCUGCCUGGACGCCCUAGCGAACGGCGCCGUUUCCGGGGCGAUAGCCAACAGCGUGGGAACCAUGUUUGGUCGACCACCAGACUUCGUGGCGUUCAUCAUCACCAUACUAAUGAUGUUGCUGAUGGCAGCGGGCGUGAAGAAGUCACUGGUGUUCAAUAACGUGUUAAACGCCAUCAACCUCGCCGUCUGGGUGUUCGUGAUGACGGCUGGGAUGUUCUACGUGGACGGCGACAACUGGAAUGGCGAGGGCAAGAGCUUCCUUCCCUACGGCUGGAGUGGUGUGUUCACCGGUGCAGCGACGUGUUUUUACGCGUUCAUCGGCUUCGAUAUAAUAGCGACCACCGGCGAAGAGGCGACGAACCCCAAGAGGAGCAUCCCCCUCGCUAUAGUCACGUCGUUGAUCAUAAUACUCCUCGCUUAUGUCACCAGCAGCAUGAUGCUGACGUUGAUCGUUCCGUACGACGAAGUGGACCAGGACUCAGCGCUGGUGCAGAUGUUCGGUCAGGUUGGGGCAUAUAAGUGCAAGUAUAUCGUGGCAGUUGGCGCUUUGGCUGGUUUGACGGUCUCCAUGUUCGGCAGCAUGUUCCCUAUGCCUAGGAUAGUCUACGCCAUGGCCCAGGAUGGCCUUAUAUUCAGGACUCUGAGCCAGGUGUGGCCGGCAACAGGCACUCCAGCCAUAGCAACGCUGACUUCCGGUGUUUGCGCGGCCCUGGCUGCCUUGUUGAUCCAGUUAGAGGUGCUGGUAGAAAUGAUGUCCAUCGGCACUCUGUUAGCCUACACUCUGGUGUCCACCUGUGUGCUCAUUCUGCGAUACCAACCUCACUCUACCAACCUGGUAGAGCUUUUGCCUCCGAGCCUGAGAACACCCUGUAGAUCACCCACCAAAGAGACUCAGGGAAAUGGCCAGGUGACUUAUGGCAAGGAGCUGAGACCUGACCAGCUGACCACUGCUCUGAACUCUGUCCAGGCUGCUCAGUCAGAGAUCACAGCUUCCAACAGUGGCCAACGUAUUAUGGUGAGAAGAGUGAGGAGGUGCAACAGCUCAUCCCCAGACUCUGACGAUACCUACGGGGCAGAGGAGGACGAGGUUGGUCUGGGCAAGGACGAUCAGUACCUGGUCAGCGAUAGAACCGAGAAUAAAUUCUAUGGUAGCGUACAUGCAGCUGCGGCUGCCUCCAGUUGUGGCAGUGCACAUCAAUACCCAGGGAAUACGCCAAUAAUAGGUCCACCCUUGAAUUAUCUUCAACGUCGACUACAGGCAGCACAGUACCUCUGUCCAGCUAUCUUUCCCUGGGUAGACAGAGGUCCAGCAACAGAGGCAUCUGGACGCUACGUGAUGAAGCUGGUCGGUAUUCUCUACCUACUAAUCCUUAUCUUCGAUUUGAUCAUCGUUUGCGGUAUGGGAAAUAUGGGAACGUUCACCACCAUAAUGAUGUUCGCCUUCCUGUUUGCCAUUAUUGGUGUGUUGCUUGCCAUCAGUAGAAAGCCACAGAACAGGAACAGCAUGAUGUUCAUGACUCCGGGACUGCCAUUCGUUCCUGCGAUUGCUGUCACCGUGAACAUAUACCUCAUCUUCAAGCUGAGCAUCCUGACACUCGUCAGAUUCACUGUCUGGAUGAUUCUCGGUUUCAUCAUGUACUUCUACUACGGCAUCAAGCAUAGCAGCCUGGAGGAGGGCAGCGCGUCAGAGAAUCCAGAGGAGGGUGUCUCAGCAGGGAAUAUCGAACUAACAGUGACAGCAGACCCUCAGAGGCAGCAGUCGCAACAACUUCAAGCUGCCGAAUACGCGACAACGGAUCGCAGCAUCUACGAAGGCCAGCAAUUGGACGCGUUUGGCCAGCCUGUGUUCGGUAGUACGGACUUCGGAGGGACACCUAGCCAGAGGCCAGCAGCCAACAGCAGCAACAACGGCGGACAGUCGUUGUUCGUCACCCAGGACAGCUUCCCCACCUGGGACGACUGAGCGCGCCGUGACGACGAUAUAAAUAUAUAUAUUUGAAGAUAUCAGAUAAAUU